AAGAAACAGAUUAAAGAAAAAAAGGGGGAGGGCAGGAAACCCAAAGGAGUAACAGAGAACACUCACAUUGUAAUACACUGAGAGCUGAAGCAGAAUACUGAAGUCCCCAACUGAAGCUACAUACUCUACUACUACUACUACUAAGAUCUACAAAAAGGCCUGGACCACUUCCAAACAAAGUCAAAGUACAGGAGGACUGGCUUAAACCUUUACAAAAGAAGAAAGGAAUAAAGCAAACAAGACAAUUUGAACAUCAGCGCAAUUUCUCUCUGGACUUGAGAGUUGGCUGGCAGUCUUCAGUUACUGAAUGGAAAAAGGAUCAAUUUGUUUGUGACUAAUAUCUAUCUGAGUAAGUACAGCUUCCAAUCCAACUUGUGGCGGGUGUCCUGCACAGUUGCCAGGCCGGAAGGCAGAAACAGACAGAGGGAGGGGAAGAGGAAGCUGCUGCUUGAGUCAACACACGUUAACCCCCAAAACAACAUCCAAUAGCAAGAAUGGGAAAGGACGAUAGUUGAUCAUGUGCCAUCCUAACUAGUACUACUACAACUGUUGAUCAAAACGUUUGUUUGAAAUAUAUAGACUGAAAGACAGCACUUUCAGACAAGGCAUUCUGUAAUUUGACUGUUUCAAUGAUCCUUCAUCGUAGAUUCAGGCUUCAAGGAAAUCCUUUCAUUGUAUAGUUGAUACAUUCAACCCUUAAUGCUCCCUUAUAUCCCCCAAAAUGCUCAAUACAACGGGCCUGACAGACACAUAUACACUACUCAGUGCAGAAAACAUUACAUCUAUCCUCUAUUCAGACAGUUCAAAUUGCGCCAAAAACGAUGGAUUCAAAUAUCCGCUGUACAGCACAGUGUUCAGCAUAGUGUUUAUUGUGGGUCUAAUCACCAAUGUAGCAGCCAUGUAUAUCUUCUCAUGCUCUCUGAAGCUGAGAAAUGAAACCACCACGUACAUGAUGAACUUGGUGGUGUCAGACUUGUUAUUUGUCUUUACACUUCCUCUGAGGGUAUUCUACUUCAUCAAACUGGACUGGCCAUUUGGCAGAGUGCUCUGUGUGCUCUCUGUUUCAAUGUUCUACACAAACAUGUAUGGUAGCAUUCUUUUCCUCACCUGCAUCAAUGUAGACCGCUUCCUGGCUAUUGUGCACCCCUUGCGCUCACGAGCUGUGAGAACCAAACGCAAUGCUAAGAUAGUGUGUGUUGCGGUGUGGGUACUGGUUCUGUCUGGCAGUUUCCCCGCUGGGUUUAUGCUCGAAACAACUUCACCCGACCACACAACCCGGUACUGCUUUGAGAACUUCUCCUCCACCCAGUGGAAAUCCCAUCUGUCCAAAAUUGUGAUCUUCAUUGAGACAGUGGGCUUCAUCAUCCCCCUGCUGCUCAACGUGGUAUGUUCUGGCAGGAUUCUCCAGACCCUAAGGCGACCACAGGCCAUCAGCCGGGGGGGGAAGCUAAAUAAAACCAAGAUCCUACGUAUGCUUGUUGUCCAUCUAUGCAUCUUCUGCUUCUGCUUCAUCCCCUACAAUGUCAAUCUGAUAUUCUACGCUCUUGUCCGCACCAAAACCCUGAAGGGCUGUUUUGUGGAGUCUGUGGUCAGAACAAUCUACCCCAUAGCCCUUUGUAUUGCUGUGUCCAACUGCUGCUUUGAUCCCAUUGUCUACUAUUUUACUUCAGAAACUAUUCAGAACUCCAUCAAACGGAAGUCUCAGGUCAGCCAAACCUAUGAUGUCAAGUUCCCUGAGGCCCUGCAGUCGGAACCCAGCUCUAAACUCCAAUGUAGCCUGAAGAAUCUCAAAUCACAGUCUUCAGUGUGAUUAGUCAGUAUACUCAGAAAACAAUGUAUAUAACUCUGGGGUUAUGGAUAUGUCAUAGAUGACUGAAAGUGUGAAAAUUUAUGGUGAGGGUGCUAAAGAAUCAGCUACUGGAGUGAUACAGUUUCAGUCUCCAUCUCAGGGGGAAAACAUGGGCAUUGGACCCAUCACAGUGUAUACCACUCAUUGUUGGAUUCCUGUGGACAUAAUGUGAUAUUUUUCUAACAUCACCAUGUGGAAUAUAACUUGUGGAAUGUAGAAUGUAACUUUGGCAGAAAAGUCACCCAUAGAAAUGAACUGGAAUGCAGUUAGGUUAGGAAAUACAAUCCUUUUUCAUAGCAACUUCAACAAGUACCCAUGUGUUUUUGGUAAAUUGUGGUUCUAACCAUAGAAUAUUGUACAUAAUUAAAGGGGCUCUUUCCUCAAUAUGUACUUAAUAUAUCUAAUUGUGAUGAACACAUCAUGUGUAUGAUGUAGCCCAGUACUAUAAAGUGAUAGUUAUUAUUGAAGAAUCAUAGCUUUUCCAUUCCAUCUUUUAUGGUGACGAUCUUCAACUUAUUAUGAGACUUACCGUCAUGUUUCUGAUUAUGCCUUGAGGGCAUUUAUUAUGCCUAAUGUAUUUUGUACAUUUCAAUGCACUGACACAAUAUAUUAAAUGUUGCUGUAUGCCAUAUCUUAACUUCAGAAAUAAAAGUAAUGUACUUCUACAGCAACAGCUGCAGACAGUAUUAACUGCAAUGAGUAUUGCUAAUGCCUGGAUAGAAAGAUUGCAGCAAAAAGAAAAGGCUAAAUUGUUGCGCUAAUAAUGUCUGCAACUGCGGUGACCAGAGGCAACGCGUGUUCUGUUCCGCAAGAAAACGUCAGCUUCCUGUCUGUGCAGAAGGCAGGGUCAGAAGCACAAGACUGAUAGAAGAUUCUGUACUAGGUACAACAUGAUGAAUACAUGUGAAUACACAGUAAUGAAUACAUUU